AUGUCAUACACCAACGAGCAUUUCUUGUUCUGCGUCCUGGACCACACGGUCAGCGGUAAAACUGACUGGAAGGCCGUAGGCGAUGUCUUCGGGAUCAAGGUCGGCGCAGCCUCCAUGCGCUUCUGGCGCUUGAAGACCAAGUUCGGCGACUACGCUUCUGCAGCUGCAGCCUCUCCUGCCAAGGCUUCUGGUCAGCAGACUCCAAGGAAAGAGAUUAAGUCUCCCAGUACCAAGUUCACCCCUUCCAAGAAGCGCAAGACGCAAGAUGAUGUUGACGACGAGGAGAUGGCCGCUUCUCAUUCCAGGGUGAAGGAGGUCAAGGCUGAGGCGGCGGCCAAGGAGGAGUCAGAGGAUGAUGGAUGGGCUUAA